AGUCGACUCUUUCGUGAACGACACAUCACUACUAACUUCCUCCAAAACUCCAACUGAUGUUGUUGUUUUCGUGCUUAUAAACUUUUUAAAAACGUCAAAGGCACAAUGUUCGGAUUAUCGGGAAACGACUGGCUAUUAAGCUAAUCAAAUAUGUUUUGUAAUUUUUUCUUGGUGGUCAGAAAACAACAAAUCAACGUAGUGGUUAUUUAAAAAGUGGGCGGGGGGUGAAGUAGCUUAGCUGCUCGUGCUGUAAAGUGUGGUGUCUCGCGCGCAGCUCGAGUUACAGCUGUUGAUAUAUCGUGCGUCCUCGCGACUUGUCAACUUCAGUCAACCUGCUAUGACUUCGUCAGAAACCUGACUUGUAUGCACAUGGCGGGGGUUUGCUGCAAAAGCACUGCGCCGCUCUCUGUGUUUAAGCGCACUUUAUCGGUGCGCAACUCGGCCUCGGCACCGCGGUCUGCCCCCGUGGUGUGCGGGAGAAGAGGCGCUGUACUCGCGCGCCCGCUGCACCUCCACACAGUCAGCCCUCAUCGACAUCCAACGCAGUUGUUUUGUUCUUCUUUUGUCCAGGAGUCCAUGAGCGAAAGCUUGCGGGCGUGCUAUGUUUAUCUGAACCAAACCAGCAGGAGUUUCGCGGCUGUGAUUCAAGCCCUGGACGGAGAACUGCGCCAUGCAGUGUGUAUAUUCUAUCUAGUUCUUCGAGCCUUGGACACAGUUGAGGAUGAUAUGACCAUUCCUCUGGAGAAAAAAGUCCCGCUCCUGCAUCAUUUCCACACUUUCCUCUACCAACCAGAUUGGUGUUUCACAGAGAGCAAGGAGAAGGACAGACAAGUUCUAGAAGAUUUUCCUUCGAUUUCGGUUGAGUUCAGGAACUUGGCACCAGAAUAUCAGGAUGUGAUUUCGGACAUUUGCCACCGAAUGGGGGUCGGGAUGGCUGAAUUCCUCGAGAAGAAAGUUGGAUCGAUGCAGGACUGGGAUAAGUACUGUCACUACGUGGCUGGUCUGGUAGGUGUGGGUCUGUCUCAGCUCUUCUCUGCAUCCCUGCUGGAGGAUCCUGAGGUGGGUCGGGAUACUGAGCUGGCCAACUCUAUGGGCCUCUUUUUACAGAAGACAAACAUUAUCAGAGACUACCUGGAGGACCAGCAGGACGGAAGAUCCUUCUGGCCUGAGGAGGCAUGGAGUCAAUUUGCCUCUCGUCUGGAAGACUUUUCUCAGCCACAGCACCUGAGCUCAGCACUGGCCUGCCUUAACCUGUUGGUGACCGAUGCUCUGCGCCAUGUCCCUGAUGUCAUCGCUUACCUUUCCCGCCUUCGCAACCAGAGUGUCUUCAACUUCUGUGCCAUCCCCCAGGUGAUGGCAAUUGCGACUCUCUCCGCCUGCUACAACAACCCACUGGUGUUUCAGGGGGUGGUGAAGAUCAGGAAGGGCCAGGCUGUCACUCUGAUGAUGGAGGCCACCAAUAUGCAAGCAGUGCAGAGCAUGAUUGCACAGUACAGCCAAGAGAUCCUGCAGAAAGUCUCACUGUCUGAUCCGUCGCAGGCUAACACUCUGUGCAUACUCGGUGUGAUCCGGGAAAAGACACUUUCCAAGGCAGUGCUGCCCACCCGUGCACACAACUUCUCACAUGUUUAUCUUUCUGCUGCUACAAUUUUGGCGUUUUUCAGCUGGCAGUAUCUAAACUCCACUCAGUCUCCAAACAGUGCUGACAUGCAGGGCCGCUGAGUGUAUGUCCUCUGUCCUGUAUCCCAAACCCUCUCCACCCCAACACAUCAGUCUGUUAGUAAUGUAUAAAACAGUGACUGUUCGUAAUGUAUAAAACAUAUAUUUUUAUGUCCUUAUCACAGUGAUGCUUUUUUUUUCUUUUUCUGCAUACCACCAUUUGUAUCUGUAACUCAUUCUCAUGUGUUCUCUUAUGUUGUGCAGUUCAUUUCUAUAAAUUACCUUAAGCAUUAUUUCUGCUCUUCCACAUUAGUGUAUAUGCUGUCAAAAUAUUGCUGUUACUUCAAAAAGUAAUCGUGUACAACCCUAUAUCAUGCUUUUUAGGAUAAGUGUCACAGGAUCAGUGUUCAGCCCCAAAGAACAUAACACACAAAUUCAGACAAUGGUAUACAUUUUCCAAGAUUGGCUAGCUAGCUUUAGUGUGGAUAAUUUUUUGUAAAGAUGGCUAGCUUUGUUUGCCGUUUUCCCACUAAUGUUAGCUAGUCAUUUUUGUGAGGAAAUAUUAUACUAAUGCUAACCAGCUUUUGUGUGGAGAUUUUUCACUCACUUUAGCUAGUUAAUUUUGUUUGGGAAUAUUGUCCUAACACUAGCUAGCUAUGUUUGGGGAUUUUCACUAAUAUUAGCUAGUUACUUUUGUGUGGAAAUACUCUCUUAAUGCUAGCUGGAUUGAUUUGGGGGUUUUUAACAAAUGCUAGCUGGCUUGGUUUGGGGGUUUUUAACAAAUGUUCUCAGUUUUGUUUGGGAAUAUUCACCUAAUGCUAGUUGGCCCUAUGUGUGGGAUUUUCACUCAGCUAGUUUUGUGUGGAAAAUAUUCUCUUAAUGCUAGCUAGCUUUGUUUGUGGAUUUUCAAUCAUCUAAGCUAGUUAGUUUUGUUUAGGGAUAUUUUCCUAAAGCUAGCUCGUUUUGUUUGGGCAUUUUUCACUAAUCUUAGCUAAUUAGUUUUGUUUGAGGCUAUUCUCCUAAUGCUAGCUACCGUUGUUUGGGGAACUCAAGUAAUAAUACUAGUUACUGUUGUUUGGGAAUAUUUGUUUAGGAAUUUUCACUCAGCUAGUUAGUAUUGUUUGUGGAUAUUCUCUUAAUACUAGCUAAUAAGCUAGUUAUUGUCCUAAUGUUGGCUAGUUAGUUUUGUUUGGGCAUAUUCUCCUAACGCUAGCCAGCUUUUGUUUGCAAAUUGUCUCUGGUUUCUUUGAAGAUAAAUGAAUGAAUCUCAUGUUAAUUUAAGAUCUCAGUUUCAGUUUGCACAGUAAAUGUCACUAACAACCUUCUCUUUCACUGCUCAUAAUAUAUCGUUUCAAAAAUGCAUUCUAUAUUAAUGUGUUCUAGCCAAAUGUUUACUUUAAAUGGGUAUAUUGUGCUUUUGCACAAUGCAGCUUAUAUAGGUUGAUAGGAGAUUAUUUAGAUAGAUAGAUAGAUAGAUAGAUAGAUAUAAAUAAUAUAAAAUUUCCUAAGAACCAAAUAUUAGAAAUUAUAUGUCUGAGAUUGAUAGAGCAGUAGCAACAUUUGUCCUCAUUAAAGUUUUGUUGUUGUUGAAUAAAUCUAGUGACCAAAAGAACUAGAUCGUGGGUACAAGCGGCUGAAAUGGGUUUUCUCAGGAAGGUGGCUGGCCUCUCCCUUAGAGAUAGGGUGAGAAGCUCGGUUAUCCGAGAGGAACUAAGAGUAGAGCCGCUGCUCCUUUGCAUUGAAAGGAACCAGUUGAGGUGGUUCGGGCACCUGGUAAGGAUGCCCCCUGGGCACCUCCCUAGGGAGGUGUUCCAGGCAUGUCCAGCUAGGAGGAGACCUCUGGGAAAACCCAGGACCAGGUGGAGAGAUUAUAUCUCCACACUGGCCUGGGAAUGCCUCAGGAUCCCCCAGUCAGGGCUGGGUAAUGUGGCUCGGGAAAGGGAAGUUUGGGGUCCCCUGCCGGAGCUGCUGCCCUGCGACCCGAUAACGGAUAAGCGGUUGAGGAUUGGUGGAUGGAUGAAUAAAUCUAGCUAUAACUUUGUACAUAAGCAAAUGUAAAAAAUUAUAUAUAAUUUUUGUAAUAUGGGACUUUGAUUUUGCAUAAAUAGGAAAGAAAAUAAAAGGGAAAAAGCUGUGUUAAGAUGACUUAUUUUUGUAAUUAUUAUCUAAUAUGUAGGUACUUUGAAAAAAGUGUCCCGUUAGACAGAAGCUAGACAAAACAGAAGCUAGUCCAAUUAAUAUAUAUAUAUAUAUAUAUAUAUAUAUAUAUAUAUAUAUAUAUAUAUAUAUAUAUAUAUAUAUAUAUAUAUAUAUAUAUAAUUUUGGAUGAAUAUUUGCUAAUUUUGUAGUUCAACAUUACAACAUGGAUAUUCUGAUGAACUGCACACUCCUAUUGUGAUCUUUUGACUUGUGCCCAAAGCCAUAAAUAUUAUUCUGAUGCAGUUCAUCAUGGUCUUAAUAUCUGAUUUUUUUAAAAAGAAAACAAUAUAUGUGUGUUUUCAAUUUAGUCCUGUUUUGGACACGAUGUCUUCAGUCUUUUGUGUUCAACACCUGUACAAAAACUACCCCUGUCUUAGGACAUGGUCUGUAUCAUAAACAAGGCCAAUACCACAUGGCUAAUGACAUUUGAUUACUAUUUUUAGAAGGUACAGACUUGAUGCAAGACUGUGUACUUUAUUUCUUUAUUGAGGCAAUCAACUACUGAUCAAAUAAAGCAUUGUAUUUUAUGACCUUG